AAUAUCACUUUUUUUUAAAAAGCAAAAUGUUCUUUGUUUUUUUAAAUACAGUGCUCUAUGAUUAAGCAUGUUACGAUUAACACAAUAACUAAAAUUUGUUGAUAAAAUCAUUUUUUUAAAUAUUUAAUACGUGCAAUGGGUUAUUCGUCUAAAUAUAUACACAAAUUAGUUUUGCUAUCAGACAUCAACAACCUCAAUUUUUUAUUACGAAAUUAUCCUUCUGAAGUAAACUGUCGAAACACAAGCGGGUUAACAGCAUUACACUUAGCGGUUAUCUACUCUAAUACAAACGCAUUAAAAAUGUUACUGAAUCACGGAAUUAAUGCAAAUUUUCAAAACAACGAAGGUAAGACUGCGCUUCACCUUGCUGUUCAGCUUUCAAAUUUAAUUGCGGUCAAACAUUUACUUAAUUACAAUACAAACGUAAACCUUAAAGACAAUAACGGUUUUAGCCCAUUACAUUUGUCUUUAUGUUCUCAAUCAUAUUUAUCUAACCAAGAGGCGUUCAUACUUUUAUUAAAAAAUGGGGCAAAAGUGAACGUUAAAAGUUUUAAUGGAAUAACGCCGCUUCACAUUGCUGCAAAUAGAAAAUAUCACAAAGCUGCAAAGAUACUUUUGCAUGCUGGAGCAGAUAUAAAUGCUGCAGAUAAUUACGGUGUAACAGCACUUCACUACGCUGUAUGGAAUGCCGAUUUUAAAAUGAUUAAAAUACUAUUAAAGAAUGGAAUUAAUGAAGUCAUUAGGAGUGAUUGUGCAAAAACAGCUGUGCAACUUGGUUUAGAAAGUCGUACAGUAAACUUAUUUCUCGGUUCAAAUGAAGGAUUCUCUGUUGCAUUAUCUUCCAAUGAAACACUUUUACCAGUGGGUAGAGACCAAAUGUUUUAUACGCAUUUACAGCAAACUCUUACAGCAAACUCUUGCAGCAAACUCUUGCAACAAACUCUUGCAGCAAACUCUUGCAGCAAACUCUUGGAGCAACUUUCCAUUCACCAAUUACUUUUAUUUAUGCUGAUUUCACGAGUUUCUAAACAAGAGGCUGUAGCAAACACUGUUAGGAGUUACCAAGGUACUCACAGAAGUCCGAUUUACGGUCUUAUUAAAGACCGUACCGCGGAAGAGCAUUUAACAAGGAAGUUGCCUUCUUCCUCACUAAUGUCGCUUAUUGGGUUAAAGCCUGUGUCAAACCUUGGACCUCUGGAUUUAGCAAAUGAAAAGAAAAAAGAAAGAAAGAAAAAUUUAAAUGAGCGUAUAACUCAGUUUCAAUCAGUUGCAAAAGCUCUAAUCGACAGUGGGAUUCGUUACUGCCAGCCAUCAACAAUUGUUCAUCUGUACAAUACAUUAACAGUGCUGAAGCUUAUAUAUGGUCUUGAACUAUGUAAAUAUGAUACUAAUUUUCUCAGCAAAAUAGACGCUGUUGGAAGAGCAGUCUUAAAAUCAUUUUUUUGUAUUUCGAAGUACAGUAAAAAUUACCUUCAUUCUUUUUUUAAAAUAGAAGAUAUCUCAACUAUUCUCCUUAGGAACAAAGUUAAUCUUUUUAUCAGGCUGCUGAAAAAUCAAACUUGUUACUCACUGAUAGUUAAUCAAAUACAGGAAACACAGAAUAAGAAAUCCUUUACAAACAAAGUAAUUGAUGCAUGCAACACACUUGAUUUAAAUUUCAUACAGUGCAUGCUAAAUGGCAAAAAAAUUAAAUUGACGCAACCCAUCGUAGAGCUACAAAUAAUAAUAUUAUGCUAAUA